AUGGCAAGCCACGGCAACAACGAAGCGGCGGACUUGGAGAAACGCGUGUCGUACAUCCACUCAAACACGGCACAAGACGAUGAUGGGUACGUCGAAGCGAAAUCGCCCAAGGACCUGGAAGAUGGGGCGCUGAUGAAGGGGUACGGCGCCAUCGGGAUCAUAUACAACAUAAUCCCCGCGCUCAAUUAUCCCAUCUUCAACAUCUACCUCAACUUGGAGGGUUACCAACUGUCGUCGUACAAGGUGUUGACUGUGAUCGGGUGGUCGUUCAAGGUCAUAUUUGGCCUGUUGUCGGAUUGCGUCCCCAUCUAUGGCUAUCGUCGCAAGUCGUGGAUUUUGAUCGGGUGGACCGUCACAAUGAUCUGUCUGAGUGUGAUGGCAUUUUCGCCGUUCGGCGAGCCGUUUUGCAACCGCGAAAAGACCAAGUAUUGUGGUACGCCGUUAGAAAAGGUGCCUAAGCCCAAGCUGCAGUACUUCAACUUCUCCGCCCCCGAUAACGGCACGCUGUUCAUCCUUCUGUCCAUGUUUAUCGCGUUUGGGUACGUCUUGGCUGCGAGUGCGUCGGACGCGAUGGUGGUCGAGUAUGCCCAGCGAGAACCCGUUGCCAUCCGCAUCCAGACCGCCAUCUACACCGUGCGCUCGGUCGCAGGCAGCCUCGCUUACUUGGUGAGUGCGUUCGGGCUGAACGGCCCCAACUACGGAGGGUCGUUUUCGUUUGCGUUGUCGCCGAAUGCUCCGUACGGCAUUGCCUUGGGCCCUACUGUUUUGGUGAUUGUGGGCAAAUGGGGGCUUCACUGGAAUUGGCGCUGGACCAUCGCCGCCGGUACCCUCGGAAUGGUCGUCGUCGACGGCUUUGUCGUGUUCUUGACCAUCUGGAACGUCGUGCGCAACCAGUGGUUCUUCAAUGGAGUUCCCUAUGGCCUCCGCUUUAUCGUUUCCACGUACGUGGCUGUGGAAAUCGCCGACAAGGGGAACGAAGGUUCCACGUACAGCCUGAUCUCCACUGUGAGCAACCUCUCGGGGCCUUUUGCCAGCAUCUUUUACAAGUACGUCAACUCGUACUUCAAAGUAAGUCAGAAUGACGUCAAGACCGACACGCUCGAAGUGCGGUGGGACGUCACGUACGUGUACUUUAUUUCGUACGGGUUCAAGAUCGCGUCGUUGUUUUGGCUGUUCUUGCUGCCUCCCCAAAAGGCAGAAGUGAAGGCCCUGAAGGCGCGUGGUGGCAAGAGAAAAGUGGCGGGGUUCAUUCUCGUGUCCGUGUUUUUCUUCUGCGUGUCGUUCACCGUGUCCAGCAACAUCAUGUCCAUUUUCCCCUCCACCAAGUGCUACCGUGUCGCAGGGGGCAACGGAGUGUUGUACCCCAACACGGGCAAGUGCCCCCAGAAGUAG